CUCCGGCAGUUUCAGUUUCACACUCUGUCCUGCCUCUGAUUCAGACUCGGAUUCGAACUCGGAGCGUUCUCAGUUCCGAGCAAACUUCGGCGGGGAGCAGGAGCAGAGCGGAGCCGUGGAGCCCGACCAGCAAAUAAAAAUAGACAAAAUACUGAAACAAUAACUCGAGGCGGCGAGCUAGUGUAGAAUUUUUUACAUAUACAGUCACGGGGUAGCGGAAUCGGAAGUGGCGGAAUAAUUAAGCACAAAAACGCAGUUUCAAUUAUCGUUAGUGUAAUCUUGAGUGGGAAUCUAGAUGUGAACUGUGAGUGUGGUGUGCGGCAACUUUAGCUAGCCAAUUUGAUUCUCUGAGUGUGGUGUACUUUUUCAAUUGCAAUUAGUUAGAGUCGCUUAAUCAAAUAUAUACAUAUGUAGUUAAUUGGACGGUAUAUACAUGUGUUGGUGUGCGAGUAUUUUUGCUAAACUUAUUAAAUUGAUAUUGAAUGUAUACUUUUUGAGUGCUCGUGCAAUUAUUCUAACUUUGGUCGCUUUCCGACGACAAAGGACCAGAAAUCAGAGUCCUUUUCCCAGAAAAAGUGCGAGUGUGUGUGGCCACUGCCUUUGUCCUGCGAGUAGGGGGUGUGUCCGAGGGGCAGUCGGGGAUCUUUUUACAUAAGCAGGCCGAGCUGCAAAUGGGACGGCCACCUGCGGCUACACGGCGGCCACUCAACGCUGGGAUCCCUCGCUUUGUCCGCAGCUGAGUGCUGCGUGUCCUUGCAACGUGACAGCCCGACUGCGUGUGGGGAUAUGCAAAGGAGCCCCACAGCCCCACAAUGGCCCACUUAAAGCUGGACACCCUCCACGUGCAGCGCAGCCCCCGCAGCUCCCGCAGGAGCAGCCCGAGCAGCGGAAGGAGCAGCGCCUGCAGUUCCGGGAGCAUCUCCCCGGUGCCCAUCAUCCCGAUCAUCGCCAUCAGCCACGAUGGCGACGAGUCCGAGUCCGAGUCGGAAAUCGAAACGGAGCCGGCGCGCCUCUUCCAGCGCCGCAUGUCCACCAAGUGCACCAACAACCUGGCUGCCAUUAUCAAGGAGGGCUUCCUGCUAAAGCACACUUGGUCCUUUCAGCGCUGGCGACGUCGCUACUUCCGACUCAAGCGAAACAUGCUGUUCUACGCCAAGGACGAAAAGUGCGAUGUAUUCGACGAUAUCGACCUAUCGGACUUGUGUUACUUCGAGUGCAGCAUCAAGAACGUAAAUCACAGUUUUCAGAUAAUCACACCCACUCGAUCACUGGUGCUCUGCGCCGAGUCCCGCCGUGAAAUGGAGGACUGGCUGGGCAGCCUGAAGACGGCGACUGCGCCGCAGAGGCCGCGCGGCGACAGCUUCCUGAUCGAGCAGCACGACAUCCUGUCGAACCACCACCACUGGUACGCCACCUCCCACGCCCGCCCCACCUACUGCAAUGUCUGCCGGGACGCCCUGUCCGGGGUCACCUCGCACGGACUCAGCUGCGAGGUGUGCAAGUGCAAGGUGCACAAGCGUUGCGCGGCCAAGUCGAUCGCCAACUGCAAGUGGACCACGCUGGCCAGUGUGGGCAAGGACAUCAUCGAACAGGCGGACGGCAUCAUCAUGCCGCACCAGUGGAUGGAGGGGAACCUCCCGGUGUCUUCCAUGUGCGCCGUCUGCAAGAAGACCUGCGGAUCGGUGCUGAGACUCCAGGAUUGGAGGUGCCUCUGGUGUCGGGCUACAGUCCACGUGGCCUGUCGUCCCCAGAUGGCGGUGGCCUGUCCCAUCGGGCCCGCCAAGUUAUCUGUCGUGCCACCUACCAGUGUCCACUCCAUCAGCACCGACGAUGCCUGGGAUGUGGCCAGUCCCAGAGGCAACUUCUCGCCCCUUCUGGUCUUCGUGAAUUCCAAGUCAGGGGACAAUCAAGGAGUGAAGUUCCUGCGGAGAUUCAAGCAACUGCUUAAUCCGGCCCAGGUCUUCGAUCUCAUCUCGACGGGUCCGAGUCUGGGACUGAGACUCUUCCGGCACUUUGAGAUGUUCCGCAUCCUGGUCUGCUCGGGAGACGGAUCUGUGGGCUGGGUGCUCAGCGAGAUCGAUCGCUUCAAUAUGCAUAAACAAUGCCAGGUGGCGGUGAUGCCUUUGGGCACUGGCAACGAUCUGGCCAGGGUUUUGGGCUGGGGCUCCAGCUGCGACGACGACACCCACCUGCCGCAGAUCCUGGAGCGCUACGAGUCGGCUAGCACCAAGAUGCUGGAUCGCUGGAGCAUCAUGGUCUUCGAGAAGGCCAUUCCCGUGCCCAAAACGCCCAAGAUGUCGAUCAGCACCGAGCAGGAAGCCAUGCUCACUGGCAUGGUGACAUCGGCCAACCACCAUCUGCGCUUCAUCGUGGAAACCAACGAUACCCAAACUUUAAUUAGCUCCACCCGGAAUCUCUGCGAUACCAUUGACGAUCUAGUCGUUCGCAUCUCAGAACACCACAAGGAUGACGAACAGCUUGCCGUCAAGUGCGAUAUCCUCAAGCAGAAGCUUAACAUGUUACUGGAUGCUCUGCAGGAGGAGGAGAUGGGCGCCCACAGUGGCGACGAUUUGAUAGCCACCAUCAGAAGUCUCAUUGCAAGAAGUAUUCCGUUGACACCUGGAUCCAGCGCCUCUCUGCUCAACCCAAACAUAUCAAUCGAAAAGACGGAAAAAGACCAGAUCAACACAAAGGAGCGCCGUAAUAGUCGCUCACUUCGGUCCAGCGAGAAAGAGGCUCUCCAGUGUCGAGCCAACAGCGUCAAGCGAGCCAUUUACAAUGUGGUGGAGCACUCGGAGCCGGGGCGUCCCAAACGCUACCAGAGGAAGCUAUCGAUCACCCCGUUUGAGGCCCUGAAGUUACCCACCACCACUUCUGGAGAAUCGACGCCCUGCAGUUCCCCCUUGCCAAUAAUCCCACCCAUCAAUAUUAUCUCCCCCACUAUGGAAACAUCCCGACUUACCUGCAUUUCUCCGUUGCCCGAUACUCGACGAGAUUCAGUGGACGAGAGCUUCUUUAACAGCAUCAAUCUACCGGCUCCGCGGCAAUUUGCAGAUAGUCGUAGGAGCUCUGGAGUGGAGGUUAUCCAGGAGAUCGAAGAGGGUGCCAAUGGAAAGACCGUGUACCGAAGGAGUCGCAUGUCCCUGACCGGAGGAGCCAAUAUCGACGAUUCUGGUAAUCGUUUGUCACCUUGCAGCGAUGGAGGUGACAAUACGCCCACCGAGCGCAAAGUGGACUUUUUGAGGGUGCCAAUUCACACUGGCGAACCGAUCGUUGACCCUCUGUCCGACUAUCGUCCCCACGAGGUAUUCGAGCGCACCUACUACAUGACCCGGGAAAUGGACAAGGACAAGGACAAGGAGAAGGAGAAGGAGAAAGAGGUGGAGAAUGACAAAGAGAAGGAUAAGUGCGUGGAGAAGGAGGACAGCAUGCCCACCGAGAAACUGGUUCACACUUGUAACCUGCAGGUACCCGGCGUUGUCCUUACCCCCAACUCCCAAAAUGUUUACACAAGCGCCAGCAUAACAAUCAUUGAUACCGACGCACAGACGACCACUGAACAAUCUUCUUCCGACGAUCUGGGUGGCGAGGCCAGCGAUGUUCUUUCGGCCAUUAGCAAUGAGGAGUGCAGCGUGGCUUCCGAAAUAUUUGACAAACAAGACGCAGGACAAACAGUGGGUGAUAUUAUUCAGAACAUGGACGCUAGUAAUUUCACACACAUCGAUUCUCCGGAGACCAGCGAUGAGACAGAAGCCAUGCCCGGCGAGAGCAUUAUGGACGACAUAAGCUCGGUACUGGGUCACGACAUAACCUAUGCCCUACAGGACAACACUCUGACCGACGACACCACCACUCUCUGCUCGGAGCACGUGGGGCCACCGAAACCUCCGCGCAAGAAGUCUUUGAGCGCUCUGAGCCGACCUCAGUCCCAUCCGCGCAGGCGCAACUCCUCACCACCGAGAAUCGCGCGAUUGGCCCGAAUGGAUAGCGAUGACAAUCCCCAGCAGUUCGGAUUCGAGAACAUCGUCUUCGAGAUCGACAAUCGAUGCGACGACCAAAAGAUGCGGGAGCCACCGCGGUACUGCAGCCUGGCGCAGUUCGUGGAAGGUAACGAUAUAGCGCGUCAGAGCUUCAAGCAGCUAUUGCUAGAACAACAACGAAGCGGCGACAACGAUAACGACGACCCCGAGGGCCAACAAACGCCAACGAAUAACGUGGCCAAUUUACUGGCCACCACCAGCGAGGACGAGCUGUCCACGCAGACGGCCAUCAAAAUUGAAAUACAAGACGUUGAUGCCACUGUGCGCAACAUCAACAGCAGCAUGAAGGCCAGUACGAUCUUGGCCACGUCGACAUCGCCCACGAAGAAAUCGGGCCAUGGACAAGAUGUAAAGCGCAUUACUUUUGAUGAGUCGUGUAAGAAAGAAUCCUUUGAUGAUGUAAAUCCCAACUAUCCACAGAUAAGUGUUGUUGUGAGGCCGCCGACGCCGUUGCGCGGUGACUCUAUCAAGCCCACGGUCUCGCUCCUGCCGGGCUCCUCCGGCGGAGCCAUGGCCGUGUCCAUGACCUGCUCCGGAAUGCUGGGGGUGCGGGCCAUGAACGCCUCCGAGAUCAGGCGCCAUUCGAGCCACGCCCCCGGCCUGGCUGUCCGCGAGUUCGACAAGGACAAGGACCGCCGGCACUCCGGCUUCAAUCCCAACCAGCUGACUCUCGAUCCGGAGCACGCCCGCUUCCUCAGCAGCUCGCCGGCGGCCAGUCGCAGGAUCAGCUGCGGCAGCCUUUUUAAGAAGAAAAAGAUCGCCACGAAGCGCGGCUACGGAUUGUUCAGUGUUCGGUUCUUUGUGGUGGCCGAGCCAGAUAUUCGCCUGGCCACCCUGGCGCUUAUCAGGCCGCUGAUUCCUCUGCCGAACGAAGCCCUUCCGAACCUCCAGACCCUCAAGGGAUCCAAAUCGAGCCUGUUCAUGGGCUCCACUCUAUUCGGCUUCGACCACUUGGCUUCCGGAGACAAGGACAAGGAGGACAAGGGUGGCAAGGACAAAGAGAAAACGCCGACCGAGGAGACUGGUCGCAAGUUACCCAUCAUCAAUCCUCUGGUGCGACUGCCCAACUGGCCAAACCUUUCCAAUGGCGGUGGCUUUAUUUCCAAAUGUCUUUUGGCGAAUGCCGAUACCCUCUGCGCCGCCGUCAGUCCUCUAAUGGAUCCGGAUGAGACCCUCUUGGCCGGCUACCACGAGAAGUGUGUGAUGAACAACUACUUUGGCAUCGGCAUCGAUGCCAAGAUCUCGCUGGACUUCCACAACAAGCGGGAGGAGCACCCGGAAAAAUGUCGCUCCCGGGCCCGCAAUUACAUGUGGUACGGGGUACUGGGAUCCAAGCAGCUCCUGCAAAAGACCUGCAAGAAUCUGGAGCAGAGGGUACAGCUGGAGUGCGAUGGUCAGAGAAUUCCGCUGCCGGAGCUGCAGGGAAUCGUGAUCCUGAAUAUACCUAGCUUCAUGGGCGGCACUAAUUUCUGGGGCAGUAGCAAGAAGGAUGACAUAUUCCUGCCGCCCAGUUUUGACGAUCGCGUCCUCGAAGUGGUGGCUGUCUUCGGAUCCGUCCAGAUGGCGGCCUCGCGGCUGAUCAAUCUUCAACACCAUCGGAUCGCGCAGUGCCAGAGCGUCCAGAUCAACAUCCUGGGCGACGAGGAGAUACCCAUCCAAGUGGACGGCGAGGCUUGGUUGCAGCCACCCGGAAUGAUCCGCAUUCUGCACAAGAACCGAGUGCAGAUGUUGUGCCGGAACAGGAGCCUGGAGCUUUCGCUGAAGAGCUGGCAGGAGAAGCAGCGCCAGCACAGCAUCUCCAUCCAAAGGGAUGCAUCCUCAACAGCUUCGGAGCAUGCCAUCUCCACGGACGAGGUGAUCUCCGAACGCGAGUGCUACGUACUCCUCAACUUCAUCGAGGCAGUUAGCUCGCUGGUCAAGUGGGUCAAGUUCCUGAUCAUCUCGCAUCCGGCCUUGCAACACGAUCUCUACGAGGUGGCCUGCCGGGCCAGUGAGGCCCUGGAGUCCAUCCAUCCGCAGGGCAAGCUGCUCGAAGGUCCUUCGCUGCGUACCAAGUUGGUGGAGGUCAUCGACUCAUCCCGACAGCUGUAUGACGAUGCUUGCACCCUGCUGCGUGAUCGCGGUCACAGCUUGAUUCUCCGCGAGGAUCUGGAGACGAAGCUCAGCGCGGCGUUGGCCAACAUGGAGAUGGAACUGAAGAAGUGCUCCGUGCAAAAGUGCAUCGACGGCAAGCUGAGGGCCUACUUCAAUGUUUUGGCGCCCAACGAGGAGCCCGAUGGCCGCCGGAAGUCCCGACCCUUUUGGGUGAGAUUGCGAUCCGGAUCGACCGCUGGCCAGCAGGCGUUCAAGCCACCUUUGACCAACACCCGCGAGGCGGCCAACAACUGGAGCGUGAACGAAGUGGUCACCUGGCUGGAGACGAUGCAGCUGUCCGAGUACGUGGACAGCUUCCUGAAGAACGACAUUCGGGGCAAGGAACUGCUCACCCUGGGAAGGCGCGAUCUCAAGGAUCUGGGCGUGGUCAAGGUUGGCCACGUCAAGCGUAUACUGCAGGCCAUCAAGGAUCUCAGUGAGAACUAGGCUUUCCGUUGGGCUCCCCUUACCGGCUAGUACAAAAAGUUAGUCUUCGAAUCGCGCUCUUAGAGAUGAAGGGGGAUAUAUUGAGUUGUAAGCGAUCACUGGGAAUGUAAACUUGUUAUAGGAAAAAUGCAUACAACAAUCACUAAUUUAUAGGCUAGCUUAGCUAACUUCAGAAAAAAGGGGGAACGCGUUCAGCGAAUCAGCGAAUAAUUCUUCGAAUGCAAUCAGUUGAUGAAAGUGAAGGGGACACGAACGAUACUCUUACAUGUUUAAGCCCAACUGACUUACUCUUCGACGGAUUAUCUCGAUGUACAACUUUUAAUUGGCCGGGAAUUGUAUAUUUUUUCAGCUCCUAGCCAUGUAAAAUCGAGAUAAAAACGAAAAGCACCCAAAAUUGACUUUUGUUUUUUCGUAUACGUAUGUCAAAUUGGCAGUUGAACGAACGAAUUGGCAGUUAAACGAAUUUAAACGUAGUGGCACAAGCGAAAACUUAACAAAGCCGAUAACUGCAGUUAGAUGUUAAGUGUUUACCCUUCAACUUACGCUUAUAUUAAAGUAAUUCAAGAUCCCGUUCCCAAAUGAAUCCAAAUAAAAAUCCAAAAUAAUAAAUAACUAACCCCAUGAAAUCGAUUCUAAAUUUAUAAGCAAUUUAAAUUUUACAAAAACUAAACAAAAAACUUCAGUCCCACACCAAUCUAAACAUUAUAUAAAAUAUACCUAUACAUAUACCUUAAAAUGAUAUUCGGAACUAUAUUUAAAUGUUUCCCCCACUAUUGUUAAAUCGAAAUGAUGCUAAUGUUAAUGCAAAGUCGGGAGCCAACUCUCGUAACUGCAGCAAAGAAAAGUCUGUUAAACGUGUCAUUUUUGUGGUAACCAAAAGCAACUCUAACUUGUUUAUUUAAAUGAAUUUAGUUGUUAAGUCCGUGACGUUUUUUCAAGAAAAGUUUAGGUUAGAACCUUGGGGUCUCGGUGCCGGUUGCCGGACCCCGAACAAUUUAUUUGGUACUAUAUACACGCAUAUGGUUAGCUAGCAUUGGAACACAGAAUUCCGGUGUUCGGAACCUUUUUGGUAAUCCUUUUAAUUGUUUACAUUUAAGCGAAUCCAAGUGGAAACCAGCCCCUUUUACACAAAAAGUUAAAGUGUUGGGAACGAAAUUGUGCUAAAUUUUUUAUAAACGUCAACUUUAGAUUUGUUUACUUAUGUUACUCUCUAUCUAUCUACCUAAAUAGGAACAUAUAAAAUAUAGCUGCAUAUGAGUAGGUUUAGCAAUCCACAGUCUGAUUUGUUCUGGCCCAUCUUCAAAUGUUUGCUCAAGUUGCCUCCAGUUGAGUGAGUUUUUGAAAUGGCACUGCGGUAGGCGAGCUUAGUCUAUAACAAAUCUCUUGAGCGACGUCUAAAAAUUAUAUUUUUUGAUAUAUAAGUAUAAAUGAGCCCAGACCAACUCGAUUGAUUUGUUGUGAUCCUACCACGAACCUAUUUUCCCAGCACCAGUAGCAAUCCUAUCAUUUCUGAAUAUUUUGACACAUAUUUGAGAAACUAUUUACGCUUAUGAGUAACCUAGAUAAAACAAAAAAUAAAGCAUAUUAAUAAAUGGAGUGGAAUCCUUUUUCAUAAUAAAAAGAAACAUCAAUACAAUGUUAAAAAUUGAGGACACAUUUUUUCGAAAAUUUUUCGACACAUGUAUUUUCGAGCAAACUUUAAUGUAAUUAAAACCAAAAUUAAACAAAAUCAUAAGACAAUUGUAUAUUUAAUGGAAAAAUCUGAUCGGCAUUUCGCACUCCCACAGAAAGUUUAAAUUUCUUCGUUUUUUCCAUAUGCCACCUCUAAUCACCCUUCAUUGACUUUAUGUUAUUUUUUAAAAAACUGUGAUAACAGCUUUCUAUAUUCCUGUAAUAAAAAACUACAAAGAGCAGCAAAAUGAAGAUAAUGCAAUGAAUUAAGUGCAAUGGAAAAUCAACUGUAAAGUCUUAUAAAUAGUUCGUCUACAAUCAGCAAAUAGGUAAAGCCUAUGAAAACCAUUUACCAGCAAUAAACGUUUUACAAUAUAUCUCAACAAUGUACUUUCAACUACUACCUACUUCCCAAGCCCUAGAAACUAGUAGCAAAUGUAAAACCUGAAUGUGCAGAACUAUCUCUUGAUGAAAACAACAAAAUCGAUAAUACAGUUAAGUGAAAAGCAAACCAUAAAUCAACAAUAUUUCCUAUUAAGCAUAAUACAUUAAUUAUAAAAGAAAACAUUUUCUUUAAGAAAAACCUAAUAACAGCAAUAAUAAAAGCAAAACAA